CUCGGGCUGUGAAGUGGUAACAUUGCCUUCUCCACUUCAGGCGUUGGCCAAUGCUAGUGAGCCACGUAUCGCCCCGCAGACACAUUCAGACCCACCAACGCUCUGUUCGAGAGAUGUGUCUGAGGCCCUAGAAGACUGAGUGGUUAGGAAAGGACCCCAAAGACUCUUGGGUGAUGGUCAGUAAAAGUCCAAAGGGUGAACAUUUCGUGGUAGAGGUCGAUGUAGGUGGCCGCAAAGUUGGCGCCUUCGCAGACAUAGGCUCUACACGAAACUUCAUCAGUCGUGCUUGUGUGGAUAGACUCCGCUUAGGGGACCAAGUGCAGCGGCUUAGCAAAACUGUAGCUUCUACGCUAGCCAACAAACACCAAAUGAUUGUUAAAGACUAUGUCAAGGACGUAGUCUGUUCCUUCUCUUAUGGAGGAGGGGAAGUGAGACAUAAAAUCUCAUUCCUUGUCAGCGACGAACUGCCCUUCGAUAUGCUACUAGGCAUGUACUUCCUCGAGGUUGCUCAACCUCAGUUUGAUUGGGAUAGCAAGGUGUUGAUACACAAGUUACCAAACGGUAGAACCGUUAGACUGCAAAAGUAUAAAGCUAGCAGUCUAGUGGAGAACUACGGCUGCAUGUGUGCUUCCUCUUUCUAUAACUACUACAAGCAGAAUCGCGAGGAGGGCAUGUAUCUAGUCUUUGUCUCUGAGAAAGAGGAGGCCGUUAAAACACCCCUAGAGAUAGAAUCAGUCAUCCCAAAAUAUUCAGACCUUCUUGAGGAGCCCACAGGCGUAGUAGAAAGGGAGGUGGUCCAUGCAAUGAAGUUUGUCCCAGGUAGUAAGGUACCUAGAGGACGAAUCUAUAGAAUGUCUCCUGCAGAGUUGGAUGAGCUCUACCGCCAGCUCAAGGAGCUCACAGAAAAGGGAAGGAUUCGACCAAGUACCUCCCCUUAUGGUACCCCUCGUGACGACAUUGGCAAGUUGCCACGUCAGCAGGUCACGUCAGCAGACCACGUCAGCAGGCUACGUAAGUACGUCAGCAGACCACAUCAGCAGGCCACGUCAGCAGGACACAUCAGCAGGACACGUCAGCAGGACACGUCAGCANACGUCAGCAGGCUACGUAAGUACGUCAGCAGACCACAUCAGCAGGCCACGUCAGCAGGACACAUCAGCAGGACACGUCAGCAGGACACGUCAGCAUUCCCAUGUCAGCAGCAAGGGAUACCACAUCAGCAGGCACCGGUCUGGUCUAUGCUGUUGCGUUCACAGACAGCAGUCAUGGACCAGAAGGCCAGGGAAACAGACGAGGCCUAUCAGGCCCGCAUGUUAGCCUGGAGUACCGAGACAAAGAARCGGGCAGAUGACGCUGCCGCAGCAGCCAAGAAAAGGGUAGAGGAUGCCGAACAGGCACGUCUGCUGGCCGUGCAACAACAGCGCCAACACGACGAGGCAGCAGCAAGGGCUGCUGAUGAAAAAAGAACACAGCGUCGUGAGAAGAUAUUCACCGGAGAGCGGGUGCUACUUACCAUGGCAGCAGAAUGGCAAAGCGAGGCCGAGAACAGCCAGUUGGAAGACAGCGCAAACAAGAUAGCGCUCCUCCUCUCACAUCUCACGGAUCUCCUAGCAACCUGCAUUACACAGCAGGCGGAGAUCCUUGGUCUCGACAACUCGGUAGCUCAGCUCCACGACCGCCUUCAGCGGGUGGAGCAGCGACCAGUCGUCGCCGCCGACGCAGGCUCUUCCAAUACUGCCGACCGCCUCACCGCAUUGGAGAUGCACGUCGGCUCCCUCCAAGACGGCGCACAGUUACAGCAGACCGCGACGCAACAGUUGCAGCAGCGGAUCUACACUACCGCCACCACCUCGAGUCCGGAGCCGCGCGAGACAGCUCCUAAGUUCGAUGGGCAGGAGAUCUUCCACGACUCAGCGUGGUUGGACAACUUGUUGUCCAAGUACGGACUGGUAGCAGCGGACUUGCACACCAUGAUCAGCUGGGAUGAUCUGAAGGCGGCGUGGCACAAGCGGUUCCAGGUGGAGCCGCCAGAGAUCAAAGCCAUGGACAACUUCAUGGUCUUCGAGCAAGGCACGCUGCCGAGUACGGACUGGAUCGCCGAGUACCAACGCUUGACGUCAGUCCCAAACAUCCAGAUGGGCUUCAAGGCCAUCCGCCACUACUUCAUCUCAAGGUCAUGUCCGACAUUGAGCAAUGCUCUGAUGCAUGUCGAGGACACCUUGACGACAACGGCGGAGUUAUUUGACAAGGCUGCGCAGAUCAUCGUCACGAACAAGGAGGCCAAGAACCUCCGUUCAUCUGCGUCAGGCCCGAGCGGGAACCAGCAUCGGCCACGAGUGGCCGUGGUCGCAGCGGCAGCGCCGUUAGACCAAUCCAGCGAGGCUGCGUCUGCCAGUGAAGGGGACAGAUUCGCAACCGCCCGGGAAGGUGGCCGCCCUGGCAGAGUCCGAGGUCGCGGCAAGCCGAAGACACACACCGUUUCUAGCCCCGGGCCCGGUGCAACAGCUCAGAAAGGCCCAUGGACCCCGUACAACAUCUCCGAGUCCGCCUACAAGGCGCGCGAGAGAUUCCACUAUUGCCUUUGGUGCAACAACGAUCUUCAUCAGACGCAGGAUUCGGCGCGCGAGUUCAAGAUAGAGGUUUUGGACCAGCUCACGUCUGAGGACUUUGCAUGGCUUCCUCUCCGGACCACAGGCUGUUUGCCGGGACCGCAAUGCGCAGCACUAUGCGCUCAUCUCCACACUUACCUUUCCUUCUAUGCACCACCAACUUCGCCGACGGAUGACGAAGUCGCGGUCGGGGACAUCUUGGCAUACGUUACCAAGGUGGCCCGUGAGUUUCGCACGCAGCGGUACGAUAACAACAAUGCACCGCUCAUGUAUGUCCGCAUCCAGGUUGGGCAAGCGUCCUGCAGCGCUUUGCUGGAUAGCGGCGCGACUCGCAACUUCAUGAGCCAGUCUUUUAUGCAAAGAGCUGGCCUUGGCGCACAAGUUCGAAGAAAGGCAAACCCGACGGCGAUCAAGUUGGCGGACGGAAAGACGCAGCAACUACUCGACCGUUACAUCGAGGCCGUACCGGUCUACUUCGCACCUCAUGCAUGCGAACCGGUGACGUUCGAUAUUCUCGACACGGACUUCGACAUCAUUCUGGGAAUGCCUUGGCUUGCAAGUGCGGAUCACACGGUCAACUUCCAUCGACGGACUCUUAGCGUUCGCGACGCCUUCUGGGCGGAAGUGGCGUGUUCGAUUCCUCUACCACACUCUUCGAUCCGGUGCCAAGUGGUGACGGCCAAAUCAUUCCGGGCGACUUGUGCUUACGAGCAGCCCGAGGAAAUCGGCAUAUGUUUCCUACGGACCGUCGCGGUAGCCGACUCUUCACCCACGGACUUGUCUUCGGACCCCCGUGUGGUACAGUUGCUGGACGAGUUCGGCGACAUCUUCGAGUCACCUACCGGUGUGGUGCCGGGUCGGCCGAUCUCUCACAAGAUCAUUCUUAAGGCCGGUGCUGUGCCGCCGAAAGGUCGCAUCUAUCGGAUGAGCAAGGAGGAGCUUGAGGUACUCCGCUCACAACUCGAUGAUUUGUUGGCCAAGGGCUGGAUCCGCCCGAGCUACUCCAAGAUCGCGGCCCACUUGAACAAGCUUCAGUGCGAGGAUCGGCCGUUUGACUUUGGAGAGGAGGCGCGGGGAUCAUUCCUCGCUCUCAAAGCCGCGCUAUUGUCUGCGGAGGUCUUGCGGAUAUACGACCCGCUCGCGCCUACACGUGUCACUACGGAUGCAUCAGGCUAUGGCAUUGGUGCAGUCCUCGAGCAACAUGAUGGUGUGGACUGGCACCCGGUCGAGUACUUCAGCAAGAAAGUGCCACUCGUGCAUUCCAUUGACGAUGCACGCAAGAAGGAGCUCCUCGCCUUCGUCCACGCGCUCAAGCGGUGGCGAAACUUCCUCCUUGGUCGAAGCCAAUUUCGCUGGGUAACGAACAACAAUCCGUUGGUCUUCUACAAGACCCAAGACACCGUCAACAGCACCAUCGCUCAAUGGAUGGCUUUCAUCGACCAAUUCGACUUCUUUCCCGAUCACAUUCCCCGGAAGUCGAACCGUUUUGCGGAUGCUCUUUCACGGCGUCCGGAUCAUUGUACCGCGGUCUACUCGACUUUCGAGAUUGAUGAUGACCUGCGGAACAGCUUCAUACGCGGCUACCAAGCCGACACGGAGUUUCGCGACAAGUACGCGAAUUGCUCCUCUCCUAAUCCGGCUCCUUCUCACUACCGGAUCCAAGAGGGGUACUUGCUUGUCCACAUGCGGGGGAAGGACCUUCUUUGCGUACCGAGUGAUCCUCACUUGCGUACACGGCUUCUUGGCGAGUUCCACGACGCUCCCGCCACUGGACAUUUUGGAGUCCAUCGCAUGAAUGGCCGACUUCGCCAGCGAUUUUGGUGGCCCGGCCUUCUCGGCGACGUCACGCGCUAUUGCGAGUCAUGCGAGGUUUGCCGACGCUGCAAAUCCCUCAACCACCGUCCGUACGGCGAGUUACGACCAUUGCCAGUCCCGCUGAGGCAAAGGGAAGCGAUUGCCAUGGACAUCAUCGGCCCGUUCCCCAAGCACAAGACCGGAGUGGAUGGGAUUCUCACGGUGGUCGAUCGACUCACCAAGUUCGCGAUGUUCUUGCCUUGUCGCUAUCAUGCCAAGGCACCGGAGUUGGCCAAGGUCCUGUACGCCGGUUGGAUUCGCACCAAGGGCUACCCCAAGGAGAUCGUCUGCGACCGCGACACUCGGUUCAUGUCCGAUUUUUGGUUGGCGCUCAUCAAACGAUGGGGCUCAUCUCUCAAGCCCAGUUCAGCUCGCCACCCUCAGACCGAUGGCCAGACGGAGAGGGCGCAUCAGACCGCACAGGUUCUCCUUCGCACUCUCAUCCGCCCCGACCAGAAAGACUGGGUUGAGCGACUGCCGGACGUUGAGUUGGCCAACAACUCUUCCAUCCACCCGGCUAUUGGGAUAUCGCCCUUCGAGUUCGAACACGACUUGCCGGUCACGUCACCGUUGAACACGAUUACUCCACGCACGGCCGAGAGCGACGACCAUCUUCUUUUCUUGCGUCGGAUGCAUGAGCUUCUUGUCAAGGCAUGCGACCAGAUGGCUAAGACGGAACAGCGCAUGCGCCAACAGGCAAAUCGCCAGCGUCUUCCUUGUCCAUUCCGCGCCGGAGACCUUGUCUGGGUUUCAGCAGCGGAAUUCAGCCUUUAACAGGACAUCUCUCGCAAGCUCCUUCCGAAAUGGAUGGGGCCUUGGCCGAUCAUCGAGCCCGCUGGGGACGCACCUGAGGGGCCUUCCUUCAGGAUUCAGGUGCCUAGCCACUUGCCCGUCUACCCAGUCUUUCAUUGUUCCAAAUUGGCUCUGUACACGCCUGCGGAACAUGAUGAUUUUCCCGGGAGAUGUAUGCAGGAUCCACCUUCUAUGGAUGGUUUUCAGGAGGUCGGCGACAUCAUCUCCCAGCGACGCUAUGGCAACAAGCCAACUGAGUAUCUGGUGCAUUUUGCUUACUGCACUCAUCGAGCUGAUCGUUGGUUGACCCGUGUAGAACUGCAAGGAACAGCUCCAAACGUUCUCGCACGCUACGAACGC